UGUGUGGGCGUGGCUCCUUGCACGCCGUGCGCGGGGCGGAUGUCCGGGCCGGCAGGGCCGGGGCGGCGGACGAGAUGGCGGAAGGCCGGGGAUGCGGUGAGCGACCGGAUGUGGAGACCCAGAAGUCGGAGCUCGGCGCUUUGCUAAGGACCACGCUUCAACGGGGGGCGCAGUGGUAUCUUAUUGACAGCCGAUGGUUCAAGCAAUGGAAGAAGUACGUGGGCUUUGAUAGCUGGGAUAUGUAUAAUGUGGGAGAACAUAACCUAUUUCCUGGACCAAUAGACAACUCUGGACUCUUUUCAGAUCCUGAGAGUCAGACCUUGAAAGAACACUUAAUUGAUGAGCUGGACUAUGUGUUGGUCCCAACUGAGGCCUGGAACAAACUACUGAAUUGGUAUGGCUGUGUGGAGGGCCAGCAGCCUAUUGUCAGGAAAGUUGUGGAGCAUGGCCUGUUUGUCAAGCACUGCAAAGUGGAGGUAUAUUUGCUGGAACUGAAGCUCUGUGAGAACAGUGACCCCACCAAUGUGCUGAGUUGCCAUUUCAGCAAGGCAGACACCAUUGCAACCAUUGAGAAGGAAAUGCGGAAGCUUUUUAACAUCCCAGCAGAUCGUGAAACGCGGCUCUGGAAUAAAUACAUGAGUAAUACCUAUGAGCAGCUGAGCAAGCUGGACAACACUAUCCAGGAUGCUGGGCUGUACCAAGGCCAGGUGCUAAUAAUUGAGCCCCAAAACGAGGAUGGCACAUGGCCCAGGCAGACCCUGCAGGCAAAAUCAACCACUGCACCUAGCAGAAAUUUUACUACCUCUCCAAAAUCAUCAGCGAGUCUCUCUUCCUCAGUAUCCGCCUCUCCCGUUGCAAAUGGUGAUAGCACUAACACCUCUGGGGUGCACAGUUCCAGUGUCAGCAGGGGUGGAUCUGGCUUCUCUGCUUCGUAUAAUUACCAGGAGCUUCCAUCUUCUCAUAUCCAGCCUGGUCUCUGUGGACUUGGAAACCUGGGAAACACCUGCUUCAUGAACUCUGCUUUGCAGUGCUUGAGCAACACCGCACCACUGACUGACUACUUUCUCAAAGAUGAGUAUGAGGCCGAAAUCAACAGAGACAACCCUCUGGGCAUGAAAGGGGAGAUUGCAGAGGCCUAUGCAGAGCUCAUUAAGCAGAUGUGGUCUGGAAGGGACACUCAUGUGGCACCUCGCAUGUUCAAAACCCAAGUGGGACGCUUUGCUCCUCAGUUUUCUGGCUACCAGCAGCAAGACUCUCAGGAGCUGUUAGCCUUUAUUCUAGAUGGAUUGCAUGAAGAUCUGAAUCGGGUCAAGAAGAAGCCCUACCUGCUGCCAAAGGAUGCCAACGGGCGGCCAGAUGCGGUUGUAGCGAAGGAAGCCUGGGAAAACCAUAGAUUGCGAAAUGAUUCUGUGAUUGUGGACACGUUCCAUGGCCUCUUCAAAUCAACAUUGGUUUGUCCAGAAUGUGCUAAGGUUUCUGUCACCUUUGACCCAUUUUGCUACCUAACUCUUCCACUUCCUUUGAAGAAAGAUCGAGUUAUGGAAGUCUUCCUGGUUCCUGCUGACCCUCACUGCAGACCUACCCAGUAUCGUGUGACAGUGCCACUGAUGGGGGCCAUGUCUGACCUGUGUGAGGCUCUCUCCAGGCUGUCUGGCAUUGCGGCAGAAAAUAUGGUGGUCACAGAUGUAUAUAAUCACCGGUUCCACAAAAUUUUCCAAAUGGAUGAAGGUUUAAGCCACAUCAUGCCACGGGAUGAUAUUUUUGUGUACGAAGUCUGCAGCACCUCCACAGAUGGCUCAGAGUGUGUCAUACUUCCAGUCUACUUCAGGGAAAGAAAGUCCAGGCCAGCAGGCUCUACCUCUGGGGCGGUGCUCUACGGGCAGCCACUGUUGGUGUCCAUCCCCAAGCACAAGCUGACUCUGGAGUCUUUGUACCAGGCUGUUUGUGAUCGCAUCAGCCGCUAUAUAAAGCAACCUUUGCCUGACGAGUUUUGCAGCUCGCCCUUGGAGCCUGGGGCCUGCAAUGGCUCCAGGGGCAGCUGUGAAGGAUAUGACGAAGAAAUGGAGCAUCAGGAUGAAGGCAAAGAGCAGCUUUCAGAGCCAGAAGGCAGUGAAGAGGACAACCUGGAAGGUGACCCCAGUGAGGCCACCCAAAAGAAAGUCAAGGACCAGCCUUGUCCAAGAAGGCUUUUUACUUUCAGUCUUGUGAACUCCUAUGGAACAGCUGACAUAAAUUCAUUUGCAACUGAUGGAAAACUGCUCAAACUCAACUCCCGAUCCACACUGGCUAUUGAUUGGGACAGUGAAACCCGGAGCCUUUACUAUGAUGAGCAGGAAUCUGAGGCCUAUGAGAAGCACGUAAGCAUGGUGCAGCCUCAGAAGAAAAAGAAGACCUCCGUGGCUUUGCGAGACUGUAUUGAGCUUUUUACCACCAUGGAGACCCUUGGCGAGCACGACCCCUGGUACUGUCCCAACUGUAAGAAGCACCAGCAGGCCACAAAGAAGUUUGACCUGUGGUCAUUGCCUAAGAUUCUAGUAGUUCACCUCAAACGUUUCUCCUACAAUAGAUACUGGAGGGAUAAGCUUGACACAAUUGUGGAAUUCCCAGUCAGAGCUUUGAACAUGUCCGAGUUUGUCUGUGACCCAUCAGCCAGGCCUUACAUGUACGACCUCAUUGCUGUGUCCAAUCACUAUGGAGCCAUGGGAGUUGGCCACUACACUGCAUAUGCGAAGAACAAGUUCAGUGGGAAAUGGUAUUACUUUGAUGACAGCAGCGUGUCCCUGGCCUCGGAGGACCAGAUCGUGACGAAGGCUGCAUAUGUGCUGUUUUACCAGCGUCGGGAUGAAGACGAGUGCAAGGAGCCUCCGCUCCCCUGCUUCCCUGGUUCCUGUGACGGAGGGAUGAGGCCAGGCAGCUCGCAACAGGGACUGGGGGAUGAUGAGGCUUGCAGCAUGGACACCAACUGAUGUAACUCAGGGACCCUGCCACCCCACGGCACCAUUGCCAUCUCCAGGAGACAGCCACUGGAUGUGAAAAACACAGGAAAAAAACUCCCUUUUUUUGUGACAUGAGAAAGCCCAUUUGCUCAGAGGCUGAAAGUGCUUUUAAAACUGGUGGUGUGAGAAGCUUGUGGACUUGAACCACAGUGCGGGCAUGGUGGAGCGGCCAGCUAGAGCCCUGGGGUGGGGAAGACAUGGGCAGGGUUCAGCGGGGCCUGUGCUUCUGGUGCCCAUCCGGGUCACCAUCGUAGUGGAGCCAUGGUAAACCAAGCCUCAAGUAAACUUGAUAUUGUCCCCUUGUCUUUUGCUGUUCAUUGACAUGGGUUUAUAAUUUUAUAAAAAUUAGCUACUGAAGCCUG